AUGGCACACAGAGUUUAUCUUGGUCGUCUACCUGCCACAGUACGCCAGAGAGAUAUAGAAAGAUUUUUUGAGGGGUAUGGAAAAGUACAUGAUAUUGUACUGAAAAAUGGUUUUGGCUUCCUGGAGUUUGAGGAUGGUCGGGAUGCUGAAGAAGCUGUUAAUGAUCUAAAUGGGAAAUCAUUGUUAGGAGAAAGGUUAAUCUUGGUACAACAUGCCAACUCAAGUGUACAUAGAAACAACAACAGGAGACCAGCUAGAGGAGAUAGGUUACUAUCUAAUUUAUUUGUUAUCUACCUUUCAGGCUGGGGAGCAGGAGGAAGUUACGGGCCACCAACCAGGACUGAAUACAGAGUCCGAAUUGAAAAUUUAUCAUCAAGAUGCAACUGGCAGGAUUUAAAAGAGUACCUAAACAAGACUGGAGAAGUGUGCUUUUGUGAUUGCAACAACAGAAGGAUGAAUGAAGGAGUAGCUGAAUUUGCCACAUUGGGGGACAUGAAAAAUGUUAUAACAAAAUUAAAUGGCAAGGAAUUUUUUGGGAGAACCAUCCGAAUCAUAGAUGACAGAGAUGGAAGUAGAUCAAAUAGCCGAAAGCGUUCAUACAGUAAAUCCAGAUCAAGAUCACCAUAUUAA